UUUCUCUGUUCAACCAAAAUUUUCAUGUUAGGAAUAUCUCGUACUGUGAGGGCAGAAUUGACAUAGACAGAGACUACAAUCUUAUGUCAUUCGUGGAACAUAUUUGCCGAACUCCCGAAUUUGCAGACAAAUUCUUUCAUUGUGGUUUCAGUUUCUCGCCUCCCUCAAUCCUCGGCAUCAAAUGUAAUGAUACGGAAAAUCUGAGGAAAGUUUUUUAUGGAAUUGAUCAUCCUAGUCAUCCUGAUCUGCCAAAUGGAACAUUUAGUCUUCACUGGGAGUCAGUGUGCGAUUCUGGUGGCAACAACCUUCCUGCUUGUCACUGCAAAAACGGCUCUGCGAUUCCGAGCGAUCCAACAAGUAAACCGAUUUCAAACGGUGGUCCGACCGUUUCUGACAGAGGUAAAAAGACGAACCACAUCCGUUUGGCCGUCAUAAUAGUUUUGGGAGCAGCAGUCGGCAGCUUUCUGUUAGCAUGUUUAUUGUUCUUCAUCACUCGAUCCCUUUGGAUUUCUAGUUCAAGAAGGUCUCCUGCACUAAAUGGAUGCUUGCAACUCCAUACAACAACAAAAGUUGAGAAGUUCGUGAUGGAUUGCAGACCUCUCACAGCCACUAGAUACACAUACAAUGACCUAAUGAAAAUGACAAGUAAGUUCAAGCAUAAAAUUGGACAGGGUGGGUAUGGGAGUGUCUAUAAAGGAUGGUUGACCAAUGGCACACCGGUGGCUGUAAAGCUUAUGGAAAAAUCGUAUAAUGAUGGGGAAGAAUUUUGUAAUGAAGUAGCUACCAUUGGGAGGAUUCACCAUGUCAAUGUGGUUCGCCUUCUUGGCUUCUGUGUUGAAGGGUCUCGAAGAGCACUUGUCUACGAAUUCAUGGCAAAUGGUUCACUUGAAAAGUUCAUAAACACGAGCACAAUUGCAGACCAUCACUUGUCAAGGGAAAGGCUGCAUGGUAUAGCACUAGGUAUUGCCAGGGGAAUCGAAUAUCUACACCAAGGCUGUGAUCGAAGAAUCAUCCACUUCGACAUCAAGCCACAUAACAUUCUUUUAGACCUGGACUUCACGCCAAAGAUUUCUGAUUUUGGUCUAGCAAAAUCAUAUGGUAGAGAGCGAAGCAUUGUGACUAUUACAGAAGGCAAAGGCACAAUCGGUUACAUUGCUCCUGAGGUAUUUUAUGACAAUUCCAGGCACGCCUCCCAUAAGGCAGAUGUUUACAGCUUUGGGAUGUUACUGCUUUCGGUUGUUGGGAUGAAAGAAAAUUUUGGUCCGACAGAAGGUUCUUCUAGUGAAGCAUAUUUUCCUUAUUGGAUUCAUGAGACUCUUUCUAAGAAUCAUAAGUGUCAAGGCAUUGGAGAAGGAGAAGAUGGAAUGAUUCCAAAGAUGGCUACUAUAGCCUUGUGGUGCAUACAAUGGAAUCCAAAUGCUAGGCCAUGUAUGAAAGAUAUUGUUAGGAUGUUGGAAGGUAGCACAACAAACUUGACAAUGCCUCCCAACGUAGAAUGAAUUCGGACAUGUAAUAAAACAGCGUCAGCCAUGCGAUGAAAGGAUUAAGUCCAGAAACUUCUAGUUCCAACUCCUUUCUGUAAAGUGCAUUUCGUCAUGUUUCGUUAU